AUGGUCUACCUUUGGAGCCUGCUACCAACUGUGCUGGCUGUCUCAAAUCUGGCCCUGUGUCGAGCAUCAUCAUGGCAUUUCAGCGAUGCUACAGUGAGCGUACAAGGAAAAGGUGCUGGAGUAGGAGGGGGCCUCAAAGAGAAGUCUGCACAUGCAACCGAGUCUGUGUUCUCAGCUAACACUUUCACCAGAUUCGUAGAACAUAAGCCUCUUUCAGCACCGGUCACACUAGGAGCGUCUGACUCCUUGAAAGUCGUGCUCACCAUCCAGGAUGGGAAGAUGGCAAAAAGACCGCAUCAAGCAUUUUUACUCCUGAAAGAUACCGACGCUGGCCUUGAGAUUUCAUAUCCGUUCAACGUCAAGGAAAGUGGUAAAGCCAAGGUCGAUCUUACCCAGAAAGACCUGCCUUCUCAAUUUCUCACGUCCUCGAAACCAGUCGAAGCACAUCUGGUGCUCGGAUCUUUUGGGUCCUCGCAAGGGUACAACGACCGCAUCUUCUCCUUGAAUAUUGCUACCGACUCAAAUAACCCCAUCCCUACAACCGGAAAGCCUCUACGGUAUGGAAAGCUGCCAGAAAUCCACCACAUCUUCAAGCCAAAUCCAAGUAGCCCCAAUAUCGUUUUCAGUCUUCUUUUCACUGGUGCCGUGCUUACCACACUACCUGCUAUUCUUGGAGUGUGGCUAUACCUUGGCGCCAACGUCAACCAUCUUUCCAAAGCGUUCCAGUCUGCGCCUAUCUCACAUACUAUAUUCUAUGGCUCAAUUAUUGGCAUCGAAGCCAUAUUCUUCCUAUACUACACAAGCUGGAACUUGUUUAAGACGUUGCCGGUGCUUUUCGCGGCGGGGACUGUCACCUUCCUCAGUGGGAGCAGAGCAUUGAGUGAAGUGCAGGAGCGAAGGCUUGCUGGCGAAAGAUGA